AUGACGGUGGCGGCUCUGCAGGCGAUGGACACGCUGUCGCGGUGGGGGACCAUGCUGCGGGACUCUCUGCGGCGAAGCCAAGGGAACACGGACGGCAUGGUCACCAUCCUCGGCUCCUUGAACCACCGCCUCUCCGCGCUCGAGGCCGCAAUGCGCCCCACCCACGGCCUUAGAGUCGCUCGUUCCCGGCCGCGUGCAGUCGCGUGCAGGGAGCAGUGCAGUGCCAUCGUGCUGCCUACCACGCACUCGCGCAGGGCGUAUCACUCACCUCUUUGCUCGAGCCAAGCUGUGAGCUUGGAAGUGGCGGCCACGGGCGCCAAGCCAAGCCGCGUGGGCGUGAGGGCGCCGGCCGCGGGCGCUCAGCAGAGUGGGGAUUGCAGGCUUGCAGAUACUACCCAGAUCAAAGAUGCAGAAUGGAGCACCAAUUGGCCAAUUUGGAAAGGUAUCCUUCAGCAGGACAUGAAUCACCUUUAUGUUGUUAUUCAGACUACUCUUUUCGUGGUACUGGUAGUAUUUGAAGUCAUGAGUCAGAUGGAUCGCUACAUCAAGUACCAUGUCCAGGAGUUUGAUAGGGCCUUCAGGGAGAGGUUCCCUGCCUGCACAUUGGCUGCUAAGAGGCACAUUGACUCCACCACUACCAUCUUGGACGUCCAGGGUGUGGGGUUUAAGAAUUUCUCCAGGACUGCUAGAGAACUUGUAAACCGAAUGCAGAAGAUUGAUAGCGAUUAUUAUCCUGAGACACUCCACCAAAUGUUUGUUGUGAACGCUGGCAGUGGAUUCAAGUGGAUAUGGAAUAGUGUGAAGGGCUUCCUUGACCCAAAAACUUCAUCCAAGAUUCAUGUGCUUGGUUCGAACUACCAGAGUAGGCUUCUUGAAGUAAUAGAUUCGAGUGAGUUGCCAGAAUUACUUGGUGGUUCAUGCACAUGUAGUGACAAGGGUGGUUGCCUUGGAUCGAACAAAGGGCCAUGGAAUGAUCCUUAUAUAUUGAAGCUGAUCCACAAUUUGGAAGCUGGAUGUAUGAGGGAAACCACCAAACCUGUUUCUGAGGGUGGAGAAAGAAGCAGCUCUUCCUUUCGGUUGGAACAGAUGAAAUGGCAGGGCAUGUUAAGCGAUAUAUCAAAUGCUGAAUCAGGAUCCGAUGUUGAUGAUUUUGGUCCAUCAUUUGUUCAUAAAGUUUCAGGCUAUGGUUGCUUGACUCCGGUUCGUGAGGAGGUAAAGGGCACAGAUUGUGCAACAUACUUGAGCUGCGAUGAUCAAAGUCACCCGGAUAUGGUUCCUGAAUUUUACCAUGGAGUGCAACGAACUACUGAAAUGGUGCAGAAACAAAUGGCUGAUUUCAGGCAAUAUUCCACCAACAGAUAG